AUGAAAAUUAUUAUAUUAUUUUUUAUAUUAUAUUUAGUUUCUGUUACACUCGGAGUUUUAAUUGAACCAGUUUUCAAGGAUUUUAAAAUUACAAAACAAUCAUUGGAAUAUACAUAUGAUAUUGAUAGUACAUAUUAUUCAAAAUGGAAUUUUCAAAGUUUGAACUAUGAAUUGGUUUUUGAAUGUAAAAAUAAUAGCACAACAAGAACAUGCGCUGCUGGAAUGUCAAUUGAUAUUGCUAAAAAUUUACAUGGUCAAGUGAUGGCAUGUGUAUCUGAUAAUAAUGGUGAAUUAGAUUGCAAUCAUUAUUUUUAUCCAAAACAUUAUCCAAACCCAAUUAUUGAAGGUGACUUUAAACCAUCUACCAAAGGUGGCCCAGUUAUUUUUAAAGGCUAUUAUUUGGCAAUUGGCUUAUACUUCUAUACAAUUCUUCCUAAUACUGGAUUGGCUAUAAUAGGUAAUCCUUUUGGUGACUCAAUAGAUGCUACAAAUUUAUUACUCGAUUAUCAAGGUGGUUGUGGUACGAGAAUAAUUCAGUGGCCAAACGGUUAUAAAUAUAGCUUUAAUCAUUCUAAUCCAGUAAUUGAUAAUAUCUCUAUUGAAAGCUCAUCUUUUAUAUCACUUGGUCAUAAUUUUUGUAAUAGUUCCGAGUCAAUUCAAGUUUAUUUAGAUGGUGUUCAAAUUGAUAAAUCAAAAAUAAAAUCAAUUGAUCAUGAACAAUUUGAAAUUAUUUACAGCCAAGAACAUUCAAAAUCCAUCAUUGUGAAUAUUGUCUCUGGUGGACUUGAAUCAAACAAAUUCAAAUUAGAUUACAAACCAAUGCCAUUAAAAAUAAAUAGUGUUCCAAAAUUAAAAGGUGGUUCAAUUACAAUAAUUGGUGAAAGAUUAUCAUCACAAGUAAAUAAUUCAACAAUCAUUGUUAAAAUUGGUCAAUAUGAUUGUAAAAAUGUAAUCUCAUCAAAAAAUGAAAUUCUAUGUGAUUUAGAAUCAGUUCCAAAUGUUGAUAAAGUUAAAUUGGUAGAUUUACCAGUUAAUAUCUCAAUAAAUGGUAUUUUUAAUGAAAAUAAUUUAUUAUUCUCAUUCGAUACUCCAAUCAUAUCAGAUUUUAUACUUCCUCAAGGUGAAGUUAAAUUAGUUGGCCAUUGUUUUGGUUAUUCACAAAUAACUCAAAUUAAUAUUGACAAUGUAUUACAACCCAAUAUAACAAUUAAUAUAAAUGAAAAAGAAACAACUCUUUCAUUUAGGCCAAUUCUUCAAAUUAAAAAAUCAAAGUUAUAUAUAAUUGUCAACGGUACAAAAUCAAAUACUAUUGAAAUUGAUUCAUCAUUUUUUGUAAAAAGUGUUCCAUCUUCACCUUCAGUAAAUGGUCAAACUGUAAACUUUACACUUUUUAAUAUAAACCCAAAUAAUUUUAAUGCAACACCAAUUAUGACUUUUCGAGAUAAUAGUUCAAUUAAAUCAACUGAUUAUAAAAAUUCAAAUGAAUAUUCCACUCAUACAUACUCUUUUGAAAUUCCAAAAAGUUGUGGUAGAAAUGAAAUUACAAUUUCAAUUGGGGACCAACUAACCCGUACUGAAGUUUAUUAUGAAUUACCAAAAAUAUCAAGUUGUUCAAUUGUUUCAAAUCAAAUGAUUAAAUGUCUUGGUAAUUUUACAAACUAUUUAGAUUUAUUUAAAAAUGGUAAAAUUAAAAUACAAUUUUCAAAUAUGAUAAUAAUUGAUAAUAUUCCAAAAAAUCCAAUUAUUUUUAAAAGUGAUUCAUUUUCAUUCCCGAUGAAACCAGAGUAUAUUUCAAGUGAUAUAUAUCUUAUUGUUUGUGAUGAAACUUCUCCAUAUUUUAAAGUUGAUAUAACUCCAUCGCUUAAAUCUGUAAACCAAUCCCUUGUUUUCAACUCCACUGGUGGUAAAUUAUUAAUUAAUGGUGAAAAUUUUAAUGAAAAUACAAUUGAUAAUACAUCUGUAUAUUGCUUUUCAAACAAAGAAGAUUAUAACUGUUCAUUUAUAAACUAUACAUCUAUCUCUUGUGAUAUUGAAUUAGAAGGUCCAUUCGAUCAACUUUGUAAAAUCAAAUUUAAUGGAAAAGAUGAGAAUUAUAACAUUUCAAUAUCAUAUUAUCCUCCAUUAGUUUUAAACUCAACAAUUAUAUCAAAUUCAUCAAUUGGUGGAAUUAUUACAAUUUUUGGUAAUGAAUUUUAUAAUGAAAUAGAUUUAAUUACAGUUGGUAAAAGUAAAUGUUUAAACUCUACAUUUAUAAAUUCAACAUCAAUUUCAUGUUUUGUAGAACCUUCAAAUUUUAAUAUUAAUCAAACCAAACAACAACAACAACAACAACAACAAUAUGUUAACAUUACAAUUAAUGGUAAAAGUGGUGGUAAUAAUUUAAAUAUUUAUUUUGAUAAUUCAAUUAUUGAAGUUAAAAAUCAAUCAAGCGAAAGUGAUAAAAACAACAACAAUAACAACAAUAGUAAAAAUAAAAUUAAUGAUGAAAGUAAAACUGAUGGUAGAAGUUUGUAUGAAAAAUAUAAAAAAUAUUUUAUAGCAACUAUAAUAAUCGGUAGUUUGGCAUUAAUUAUAGUUGCCUUUAAAAUUAUACUUUACUUUAAUAGAAAAAAUGGUACUGUAGUCUAUUGGAAAUAUAUUAUAAAAGAAAAAAUAUAUAAAUUUAAAAAUAGAAAAGAGCAAAAAUGUAUAGAUGAUAUGAGAGAAAUAUUAAAUAAUGCAGAGAAAAAUUUUCCUGACAUAAAAUUAGAUAAUUUAAUAACUUAUAAAAAGUAUGAAAUACCACAAGAAAAAAGUGUAGAAGGAGAACUAAAAGAACAAGCACCUCCUCUAAGUGAAUAUGACCAAUUUCCAAGCUAUUAUUUACAUUCACCAAAAGAUUCACAACCUCCAAAUCAAAUUGAAACUUUACCAAAAGAUUCACCUCCUCCAAAUCAAAAUGAAACAUUACCAGAAGAUUCACCACCUCCAAACCAAAUUGAAAAAUUAACAGAAGAUUCAUUACCACCUUCAAAUCAAAUUGAAACGUUACCAGAAGAUUCAUCACCACCUCCAAAUCAAACUGAAAAAAUAACAGACAAUUCAUCAUCUCAAGAUGGACCAUCAAGCUCUUCAUAA